AUGAAAGAAGAGGUCGUUAUCUUUCCAAACAAAAACCAUCAUCUACAAACAACGAGAUCAUGGGACUUCUUACACUUCCCACAAGGGAUUCGAAGAGAGCACACGGUUGAGAGCGAUAUAAUUGUUGGAAUAAUCGAUUCUGGAAUUUGGCCCGAGUCAGAUUGUUUUAUUGAUACUGGAUAUGGACCUCCACCAAUUAAAUGGCAAGGGUCCUGUGAUGGAUUAACUAAUUUCCAUUGCAAUAUGAAACUUAUUGGAGCAAAAUACUACAAAAACGAUGGAGACUUCUCCCCAACCGAUAUCCAGUCUCCAAGAGACUCCAAUGGUCAUGGAACUCAUGUGGCUUCAAUAAUCGCCUGUAACCUUGUUAAUUCGGAAGGCCUUUCUGGUCUCGGGAGAGGUAUAGCUCGAGGAGGAGUCCCGUCUUCGAGGAUCGCCGUUUACAAAGUAUGUUGGUCAACCGGUUGCGCAGAUGAGGACAUUAUUGUAGCAUUUUUUGAUGCCAUUAAUGAUGGGGUUGAUCUAUUAUCAAUUUCUCUUGCAAAUGAUUGUUCAAGCUACUGUGACGAUCCCAUUGCUUUUAUGAGUUUUCAAGCCAUGAAUAAAGGAAUUUUGACGUCAAUGUCUGCUGGAAACGAUGUAGCAGCAAGUGCCAGCGAUCGUAAUUACGUUACCAAUUUGAUGUUGGGCAAUGGGAAAACUUUGAUGGGAGUUUCAGUGAACACGUUUGAUCCAAAUGGUUACAGCCCUUUAGUGUAUGGAGGCAGUGUGCCCAAUAAAAGAAAUGGUUCUUCUAGUUCUCAAUCUAGAUUGUGCAAACCGAACUCACUUAAUCCUAUAUUGGUAAAAGGUAAGAUUGUCAUUUGUGAUGAAUAUAAUUUUGGAAGAGCAGCUAUUUCUGCUGGAGCAAUUGGUAUGGUGAUACAAGCUAAUGCAACCAAAGAUGGCUCUGGCGUGUUUGCCCUCCCAACAACUUAUCUUGACAUGCGGAGUACUGGUUACAACAUCUUGAGAUAUGUUAGCUCAUCAAGUAAUCCAAUUGGAAGCAUAUUGAAGAGUACUCAAGUUUUUGAUGCUUCAGCACCAUAUAUUGCAUCAUUCUCAUCUAGGGGACCCAAUUUUAUGACACCUCAUAUUCUCAAGCCGGAUUUGUGUGCACCCGGUGUUAAAAUCUUGGGAGCAUGGACACUUGCAAAUUCUCCUACGAGAUUACAAGAAGAUUUGAGAAGGCUACCAUAUAACAUCGUAUCAGGCACCUCAUCAGCCUGCCCACAUGUUACUGCUGCAGCCGCAUAUGUGAAAUCAUUUCAUCCAUCAUGGUCUCCGGCAGCUAUAAAAUCUGCUCUUAUGACUACCGCCACCAAGAUGAGUGAAGAAAAAACACCUCAAGCAGAAUUUGCUUAUGGAGCUGGCCAGAUAAACCCUGAAAGGGCUAGAAAACCGGGCCUUGUGUAUGAUAUUACACUAGUUGACUAUUUGAAGUUUUUGUGCGGGCAAGGCUACAGCAACAAUGAUUUGAAAUUUCUUUCGGAUAUGCAUGGUGUUUGCAACCGUUAUGGGACAGAAAAUGCAUGGAAUUUGAACAUCCCUUCAUUUUCAAUCCCUGUCCUGCCUUCUACUCAUUUUAAUGUCACCUACACUAGGACAGUUACAAAUGUGGGACCUUCAUCAUCCACUUACCAAGCCCAAAUUAUUGCUCCACCAGGAUUAAACAUACAAGUUGUGCCAAACGUACUUCAUUUCUCUAGUGUCGGACAAACUCAAACAUUUGGGGUGGUUUUCGUAGGAAGGAUUAGUGUAGGGAAUAUUGUUUCUGCUUCUUUGUCAUGGAGCUUUGGUAACAUUGGUGAAGAAGGUAUCAUUGUUAUUCGAUAUGGAAAGUGGUGGUCGUGUAGCUGGACUUGGUUUGGAGUUGUUAAACCAUUCAAACUAUCGGAUAUGGAAAACCUAAGCAUCGAAGAAGCGGAAGAGACUCAAUGCGAAGGCAGAAUUUGUGUUGAAGAGGUCAAUCUCCCACAAUCUGUUUGUGCACAUCAUUGGUUGUGGAUCUACUCGCGAGAUCUGGAAAUGCUUGGUCGUCUUUUCAACAAGAAGAACGAUGCUUGUUUCCAAAUGCUUGAAAAUGAGUUGGCAGCCGCAAUGCAAAUUGGAUCUAUCUCAGAGUUCUUUCUUAAGUUAAAAAACAUAUGCUUAGAAAUUUCCUUAUUGAACCCAGAUGAGAAAAUCUUAGAAGCUCGAACAAAGAGGCAUAUUGUUCAAGGAUUUCGACCCGAUAUACACCAUUCAUCACAUCGAUUCAAGUGGAUUGUCGAUUUAGGGUGCGGACAUCAUGUUACUGGAGAUGAUUCUGUGUUCUCGUCGAGUCGAGUUCAUAAUGGAGGUGGUGGCAUUGUCAUGACAGAUAAGUCAGUUCAUGAAGUUAAAAGGGAAGGAUCAAUUGUCAUUAAUAACGACAAAGGAGAAUCUAUUACUCUGAAGAAUGUCUACCAUGUUCCAGGAAUCCAGAAGAAUCUCUUCUUAGUAGCAAAUGCUAUAGACGCGGGAAAUCUUGUGUUGUUCGGUCCACAUGAUGUGAAGUUCUUAAAGAAUGUGAAAGAACUAGAACUCGGGUAA